AUGCGCGAAGUCAUCUCGAUUCACGUUGGCCAGGCUGGUGUCCAGAUUGGUAAUGCCUGCUGGGAGCUCUACUGCCUGGAGCACGGCAUCAUGGCUGACGGCUUCAAGGACCCCAGCGUCUCCGCCGGCUCCGACGACUCGUACUCGACCUUCUUCUACGAGGCCAGCAACGGCAAGCACGUUCCCCGCACCAUCUUUGUCGACCUCGAGCCCACUGUUGUUGACGAGGUCCGCAACGGCAAGUACCGCGAUCUGUACAACCCCGGCCAGCUGAUCACCGGUAAGGAGGACGCUGCCAACAACUACGCUCGUGGCCACUACACUGUCGGAAAGGAGCAGAUUGACCGCACCCUCGAUCAGAUCCGUAAGCUAUCCGACAAGUGCGACGGCCUCCAGGGCUUCCUGGUCUUCCACUCGUUCGGUGGUGGAACCGGUUCCGGUUUUGGUGCCCUCCUCCUGGAGCGCCUCUCGGUCGACUACGGCAAGAAGUCCAAGCUCGAGUUUACCGUCUACCCCGCGCCCAAGAUUGCCAACGCCGUCGUUGAGCCCUACAACUCGAUCCUGACCACGCACACCACGCUCGAGCACGCCGACUGCUCGUUCAUGGUCGACAACGAGGCCAUCUACGACAUCUGCCACCGCAACCUCGGCAUUACCCGCCCCACAUUCAGCAACCUCAACCGUCUGAUUGCCCAGAUCGUGUCGUCGAUCACCGCGUCCCUGCGCUUCGCCGGCUCGCUCAACGUCGACUUGACCGAGUUCCAGACCAACCUGGUGCCCUACCCCCGUAUCCACUUCCCCCUGGUCACCUACGCCCCGAUCACCUCGGCCAUCAAGGCCCAGCACGAGUCCAUGACCGUUGCCGAGAUCACCAACGCGUGCUUCGAGCCCAACAACCAGAUGGUCAAGUGCGACCCCCGCAACGGCAAGUACAUGGCAUGCUGCCUUCUGUACCGUGGCGACGUCACUCCCAAGGAGGCCAACAACAUCAUCUCCCAGCUCAAGACCCGGAAGACCGUCUCCUUUGUCGACUGGUGCCCCACCGGCUUCAAACUCGGCAUCAACAAGCAGGCUCCCCACUGUGUGCCCGACGGUGACCUCGCCAAGGUUGACCGUGCCGUCUGCCUGCUCAGCAACACCACCGCCAUUGCCGAGGCCUGGUCGCGUCUGGACCACAAGUUCGAUCUUAUGUACGCCAAGCGCGCCUUUGUACACUGGUACGUCGGUGAGGGCAUGGAGGAGGGUGAGUUCUCCGAGGCCCGCGAGGACCUUGCUGCCCUCGAGAAGGAUUACGAGGAGGUUGGCAUGGAUUCCCCCGCCGACGAUGAGAUGGACACCGAGUACUAA